CUAAAGGACGCCUCGUUGGUAUGCGUUCCCCCGGGUUCCGUGUUUACGAAUAUGCGCAAGAAAGCAGAAGGAAGGCUGUGUACAGAAAGCAACAAAUUUGCUUUGACCGUGCCGUACUAUCAGCAUUGCCGUCCGCCGUAUAGAGGGUAGGGGUGCAUGUCCCUUCAGUAGAGCAGUUGUCAAGAUCGGUUGUGGUGUCCUUGUUUCCGUGACGGGUGGCGACAGACAGAGUUUAGUUAGAUGGUGGUUAAGCGCAAACGUGAACAUUCGCUGUAGGGAGUAGGACUUGUUUGCGGUUGAAGAAAAUUUCGUGAAAAUUUAUUGCAUUGCCUAGAGUUUCAUAAUUCGAGUUGCCAAACAUGGAGGGUGUACUAUUAUUCGAUCAGAAUAAUGAUUUGAUUUAUCAGAAUUUUAACGAUGCAAUGCGUGCCAAAAUGACCAGACAUGCCAUCGAUCUCGGUUUGAUGGAGGACGUAAAGAGGGAUCCCCGAAAGGAUUUGGACAAUAAUGUGCUGAUUCAGAUAUUCAGUCCUCUGGUGGCCUCCCAGCGUAUCAUGAUGUGCCAAUUUGAUAAUGCGUACACUUCGGUGCAGAUGGAGAACAACUUGAAUUUAGUCUUCGAUGAGUUUUUGGGCUAUUUGUUCUUACAAAUAAGUACUAAGGAAGUAGAUCAAGUCAGACGGGAGCUUGGAGUUUGCAUUUGUCUCUUGAAACAUAUUUGUGGGCCAAAUAUCUACAUAAUCAAGAACGACACCAGGAAAUCGGAGCUCCUUACUAGCUUGAUUAGUACUUAUCGUCAAAUGUACCAGGGUAACCAAGGGAUCUUAGUGGAAGCCAUCGAACAGCUGCUGGUCAACGCAGACGUCAAAAAUACCGUGGUAUCGUCUCUACAGGCAGCUACAGAUAAACUUAAGCAGGAUCCACACUCUCAGCGAAGCCAUUCCAUCAUGUUCGUGGGCAACAAGUUCCUUUCACUGUACAGUAGUCGACAAGCUCAGGAGUUGUCUCCUGCAGAUAUGCUGUUCCUGAACAUAUUUUGUCAGACGUUGGAUCGUGGCGAGCAUUCGAAACGCAUCGAAUCACACGUAGUUUUUCUCCAGGGAUGCUCCAACCAGACUACGUCCGGCUGUAUUCCACACAUUGUACAUGUUUGCAAGCUGUUUGAUGAUGUAUUUCUGGUUCUGCUGAUCGAACACGGAAAUAUCGUUCUAUCGGGAAACCUUUACGAUGUCUUUUUCGCACUACAUAAGCUUCAAAACAUUCACAUGCAAAUGGAUGUCGAAAAUCUACGAUCAGCAUUCGACAGUUUUGAAAUGUACGUGAAACAUACGACGGACUCACUGCGCAAGAUCAAGCACAACUGUCCAGAAGCGGACGAAGCCGUUCGUGUUUUCGGCUUGAAAUGGGAUAACCUCCGAAAGCGGUACUCGGAAUACUUCAAAGCAUCAGACAGUGCCCUGUUGGUAAAAAUCGAAAGUAAUAUGCCCAUGUUUGUGGAAGCCGUGAAAGAACUGUUCAAGUUGCUCUGCGCCGAGUGUAGCACUUUGGAACACGGAUUGCAACGGGUGUCCGAUAUAGCCGAUUCGGUGGAGGAAAAACUCACGGAGGUGUUCAACUUCCUGCAGGUCAAAUCGCAGAAGAAUUUCUGCAUGGGAACGUAUUUGGAAGACUUUCCAGGGUUGGUGCAUUUUAUACACAUCGACAGGAAUAAUGGUCGGAUCGUGGCUCCAGGAUUGGAUUUAGAAGAUUCCACAAACGUUUUGAAGGAGAGGAUUUGGUCCAUGGUGGAGCUUUCGCGAACCUAUCUCCACAAAGGUCACAUGUCGAUGAUCUGGAAGGACGUUACGUUCAGCUACGGGUACUUUCUUUGGUUCGAGGACGCCAACGGGACGGCGCUGAAGCCGAAAGAGUUUCCGGACUUUUCUACAAUCUCGACGAAACCGCAGCUUAUCGCGGGGAUACUGUCGGGGGACUACUAUCAACGCUUGAUAGAGACAUGCUUUCCAAGGACUGCGCCGAGUAAAAUUCGCUGCUAUGAGCUGUUCUGCGUACAUCUGGGGCUGGUUACGUCAACGAAUGUGCUGGAGCACUGCAGGCGACUGGCGGUAACAAUUACCGACCUUACAGGCAAUCCAACCGACAUCACAUGCUGUUGUACUGCACCAAAUUCGCCAGCUGUUGCCCAUUGUGACCAUAAUGCAAACACAUUAAAGCAAAUAGACGCUCCACACAAAUAAGUAACAGUAGACUUCCAGUAGAGGAAUAAUUCCUGAAACUAGCCAGGGCAUAUCAGUUUCCCUGAGGUAUCGGUAGCUAACGUUUAUUUGACUGUGUCAUACGUACAUUCCAUUUGAUUUCGUUAAAAAAUUUGUUCUGGAUAUCAACAGAGUGAUUUGUUAAACCUAGUUUAGCCUUAGUUUUAGUUUCAUUCUAAAAGUACUUAAAUCCCGUUGUGAAUGAUUUAUAAGUCAUAUAAAUAUGGUUUAUGAAAUGUUGUAUUUGUGAAUGUGAUAUUUUCUUCCAGUAAUAAAUUGUUUUGGAAUAAACAGA